AUGGGGCCACUCACUGAUAAGAGCCAGUGGAUCAAAGGCCUUCAAAGGUCCAGCCGGGCCAUGCACCAGACCAAGCGGCAGUCAGGGAGACCCCCAUGCGGGCAGAGGCGGGGAGAGGCCCCGAGCCCUCCGGAGGGCUGGAGUCCGCCCCAGGCAGCAGGUGUAGAAGGAACCGGGGAAGGCCAGGACUCCCGUAGUUGGCGCCGGAAGGGGAAGAGAAGCCGGGCCCCCUACUACUUGAGCGGGCCGGCUGCUCUGGAGGGAGGAAACGCCACCAUACUGGUGGGCCUUAGGGGGAAAACGGGUGACCACCUCGCCCUUGAAGGUCGCCUGCCCGCCGCCCCCGUGGACACGUGGCCCGGAAACAUGAAAACCAGGGACCGCUCUGCCCUCGCCCUACAGGCGCUCAGCCUUCCCGUCCUUACAAUAAAUAAAAAGUAGGAGAUGUAUGAACUGCUUGAGCAGAUGGUAAUUGGAAGAAUCUUCCAACUCCAGGCUGACCUAUGUGACCUCUCCGUUGCUUCCAGAAACUGGAAAGUAUCCAAGGUAAGUCAAGAUCUGGGAUUGGAAGUUGAUGAAAAGGGAGCUGAGGCAGUGACGGGAACCCUGUUAGAAACGAUUGCUGAUUCCAUGCCUCCCAUCAUCCGAAUAGACCAGCCACGUCAUUUCAUGAUCUAUGAAGAAACCUCUGGAGUGCUUCUAUUUCGGGGCAGGGUGGUGAACCCAGCUCUCCUACGAUUUCAGACACGUGUGAGUACACGGUGCUCCAGGAGACGCCGGACCCGAGGUAGCUGAACCCACAUGGGUUAUUGGCACCUGGCGGCACAAGAGAGUGUCCCCCUCGUCCUCUGCUGGUCUGAGCCAUCCU